UGUUUUGCUUCUCUUUUUUUCCCCACUUCUUUUCCUCCGGGGUCUGGAUAACCGACCGGGGAAAAAUAAAAUAAACGCAGCGAAACUGAAAUUGUAUUCGAUUCUAGCGGAGAAACGCGCCAGCUCUGCCUCGAGAGCGCCCUCACACAUCACCGCGGACCACAUUUCUUCCAAAUUGGAGCCGUCUUCCGCCGACAUCGAGCGAAGAGGUGCAGCCGAUCCCAGGCCUCCAAUCCAGGGCGGAGGGAGGGAAGGAGGUCGCUGGGAAUCGGGAUGGAGACCGGAGAGAGUGCCGGCGGGCCUGGCGGGCCGGACGGCCCGGACGGACCUGGCGGGCCGGACGGACCGGGGCUCCAGUUUGGCUGUGCCUCUUUCAACCAAGACUCCACGUCACUGGCUUUGGGAACAAAGACCUGCUACAAGCUGUUUUCUCUGACCAUGGUGGAAAAACUGGACUGUAUCCAUGAGAGUGCAGAGACUCCAGAUGUCUACAUCGUGGAGCGUCUGUUCUCCAGCAGUCUGGUAGUUGUGGUAAGCACCACCAUGCCGCAGCGAAUGAACAUCUACCACUUCAAGAAGGGGACGGAGAUCUGUAACUACAGUUAUCCCAACAACAUCCUGGCUGUUAAGCUCAACAGACAGAGGCUCGUGGUGUGCCUUGAAGAGUCCAUUUAUAUCCACAACAUCAAAGACAUGAAGCUCCUCAAGACUCUGCUCAACACUCCGUCCAACCCCUCAGGUCUCUGUGCUCUUUCUAUCAGCCAUUCCAACUCCUACCUGGCGUACCCCGGCAGCGCCACCAUUGGGGAGAUCAUAGUGUAUGAUGCCAACAAUUUGAACACAGUGACCAUGAUCCCGGCUCAUGACAGUCCUCUGGCAGCUCUCACCUUCAACGCCUCGGCCACCAAACUUGCCAGUGCCUCAGAGAGGGGCACCGUCAUCCGGGUCUUCUCCAUCCCCGAGGGCCUGCGUUUGUUUGAGUUCCGCCGGGGCAUGAAGAGGUAUGUCAAUAUAAGCUCUUUAUCCUUCAGCCCUGAUGGCCAGUUCCUCUGUGCGUCCAGCAACACAGAGACUGUGCAUAUCUUUAAACUAGAGCAACUGGGACUAAGUGGAGGGGAUGAGGCUGCCACCUGGACAGCCUACAUGGGGAAGAUGUUCUCCGCAGCCAGCAGCUACCUCCCUGCUCAGGUGUCUGGCAUGAUGAGCCAGGACCGGGCGUUUGCCACCGUUCACCUCGUCACAUCGGGCCAGAGGAACGUCUGCACCCUAGCUAUGAUCCAAAAGCUUCCGCGGGUCCUGGUGGCCACAGCUGACGGCCAGCUGUUCAUCUACAACGUGGAUCCACUGGAUGGAGGAGAGUGCAUGUUGGCCCACAAACACAGGCUUUUUGGUAUUGAUGAAGACCAGGGCGAGGGAACCGAGUCGGAAGGGUCAGAGGUCACAGGGACAGCGCAGGCUUGUCCGUCCUACGCUGCGACCGCUGCCUUACCAGCCUCUGGUCCCGUCACUGCAACCCUCACUGGCUACUCUGAAGACGGCGGGGCAAAGAAAGGCGAAGUCAUUCCAGAACACGAGUUCGCCGCUGGCCCUGUGUGUCUGGACGACGAGAACGAGUUUCCUCCUAUUAAUUGGUGCCGAGACGGGACUGGAGGUGGCCAGGCCAGGCGCUCGUGAAUGGGUAGAAGGACAGAUGGCCAAACAGACAGACAGGCGCUGGCAAGUGGGAUGAACGAGCAUUAAAAAAAAAAAA